AAAUCCUAUGUGUGUAGGGGAGGUUGCAGGUGCUGUGACAAAAAUUGUUUGAGACUGAGACGAACUGCCAAUUUUUGCACUUGUGAUCAGUUGAAAAUUGGCUGGUGAGAGUUGUUGUUGAUUAUAAUGAGUAGACGUGGAACUGACGAAAAAGUUUGGGUUGCCAACAAACAUGUUGGCUGCUCACGAUGUUCACAGCUUCACUAGUGAUCAAUGUCACACUCACUGCAGUUGGGUUUGUGGUGAUAAGAAAUCUGCAGAACAACAUUGCAAAUAUGCAGAAUGAUAUUGCACAUUUGCAAGGGCAACGGUCAGCAGCAAGUGAGACGAAGGAGGCAAUGAGUGACAUGUUAUCAGAAAUUGCAGCCAACAAAGAAAAGAGAUCAGCGUUGUCUCCCACUUCAUCAUCUCGUCUAGCAGUUGAUGUUGGAUCAUUGUUUGUAUCAACAAUCAAAAGCAUGUGUAAACCAGAAGGAGCCGUCUGCAUCCCAGGAGCAAAAGGAGAAGCUGGACAACCAGGAAGAGAUGGGUUACCAGGAGUAAAUGGAUUAGCAGGAAGAGAUGGAAAGCCUGGCAGAGAUGGAGAACCUGGUGAUGAUGGUUUACCAGGUAGAGACGGCUUGCCUGGUACAACAGGUGCUACUGGUAGAGAUGGUCCCAUGGGCAUACGCGGUGGACCUGGUAUGCCUGGAGCUAAGGGAAUGGGAUUGCCUGGAAAGCAAGGUCCAAUAGGGAUACCUGGUGGGAAGGGAGAUAAGGGAGAAAGAGGGGAGAAGGGAGGCAAAGGAGACAUUGGAGGACAAGGGAUACAAGGGGUUAAAGGAAUUCAGGGAGAGAAGGGAGGGCAAGGUGACAGAGGUGAACGAGGAUAUACUGGUUAUAAGGGAGGGAAAGGGGAAAGGGGGAUGAUUGGAGAGAAAGGAAUGAGAGGGGAGAAAGGCAAUAAAGGGAUACGAGGAGAGAAAGGAGAGAAGGGAAAACUGGAAUUGCUAUUACCAAGUCAGUGUCAAAAGACAAACCACCGAGUCUUGUCUGACUAUUGGAGAAAAGUUUCAUCACCUACAAAUAUGUCUAAUAUUCGUUACGAUCGAACUGGACAUCAUGGAUUUCAACCAGGAUGGCAUGUAUUUGCUUCUAGUAUUGGUGGACAAAUGCCUGAGACGUGCUCACCAAUAGACCAUUGUGGAACAAUUGCAACAGGUUGGCUCAAAGGAUCUCACCCAACUGUCAUUGGACAGACCAGUAAAGAAACAGUUUGUUUUCACUGGGACAAUAAUUGCUGUCACUGGCAGACGAAUGUUGAUAUCACCCACUGUGGAGGAUUCUAUGUGUACAAUCUGCCCAGUGAACCAUGUGGCUGUAGCUUAGCUUACUGCAGCGAUGCAUGACAUGACAUGCAAAUAACUGAUGGCAGAUGUGAAAUGACGGGAAGCUUGUGAUGUUAGUAGCAUAUUUUACUGUACAACUGUGUAUGUCGUCUGAAAACCAAAU